AUGAUAUCAUCAUGUUAAAGGUUCUUAAGAUCAAGCAACGUAAUCUAUAAUUUUGCUGUAGCUAAUCAAAGAAGAUAUGUAAUAACUUAAAUUUAUAAUUAGAGUUCUUCUUAACUCUAAUAUUAUUAAAGUUUAAGAAUUCACAAAGAUAAAUCUAUACCUUCAAUUUUAAAUAAUUUAUUCAUUAAUAAGAUGUUGUAAUAUGAUUGGAUUGUAGAUUAAGGUCCUAAACUCAUUGAUUUUUUAUAUACUAUAUGUGGAACAAAAUUAACGAAUUUUCUAAUUAAUCAUACAAUUGGAAAAGUGUUUACAGCUGGAGAGAACCUUGAAAGUGUUGAAAGACAUUUAUCUUCAUCAAAUUCAAGUAAUAAUGAUAUUUAUUUUUUUAAGAAAUUUCCUAUAUAAUGGAUUACUGUUCAGAAGCACUUGAGGGGAUAAAGGAUUAUGAGAAAUUUUAUGAUGAGAAUAGUUUAAUAUUUUAAUAAACUAUUUUGGAGUGUGCAAAGAAACCUGAGAAGAAAAACAUGAUUGCAAUUAAGGUUUCUAGUUUAAUUGAUCUAAAUUUACUGAAGCAAAUUAAUAAAGCAAGAUUGAAUAUUUUUGAUAUGUUCUAUAAAAUUAGUUAAGGAGAAUAAACAAUUACAAUUUAAUAGGUUAUUUUAUAUUUUUAUUAUUUUAGGUAUUCUCAUAUCUUAAAGAAUAAGGAAUUAGUUUGAAUGAAGAUGAAUAAAAAUAAUUUAUCAAAGGAGUAUUAAAAUUUAAUUAGAAUGAUAUAAAAAUAGAUUAAAUAUUAAUAGAUGAAAUUACAUGGAAAUAUAGAGUUUAACCUAUAUUCAUGUUUGAUUUAGAUUUAAAUAACAAUCCAGUUAUUAAAUACUUUAAUAAUCUAAAUUAAAAAGACAUCUACUUAUUUGAAUAAUUUAUUGAAAGAAUUAAAUACUUCAUGGAUCCAGCUUUAAUUAAUUAAGUUUGUGUAAUGGUUGAUGCUGAAUAAACUUAUAUAUAAUUGGCAAUUGAUAGUUUUAGUGAAUAAAUGGAAGCAUAUUAUAACUAAAAUUAUACAAUAGUAUUUAAUACAUUCUAAAAUUACUUAAAAUAAACAAAAUAGAGGACAGAUUAUGAAAUUGAAAAAGCAGAAAAAUUUAAAUUAAAUAUUGGUAUAAAAAUGGUUAGAGGUGCAUAUAUGGUAGAGGAAUCUAAAUUGGCUAAACAAUAGAAUAAAGAAAAUCCAAUAAAUAAUGGAUAUGAUACCACUACAUCUAUGAUAGAGAGAAACUUAGAAAUAUUAAUAUAAAAUAUUCAUAAAUCACCUACAAAAGUAUUUGUAGCUAGUCAUAAUGAACAAACUAUAGAUUAUGUAAAAGAAAUAAUGAAUAGAUAUUCUAUUCCUAAUUAAGGAGGUAUAUUUUAUUAUUAACUAUUUAUAUAGAUGUUUUAUUUGCUUAAUUAUAUGGAUUAUCUGAUCAUGUCACUUAUUAAUUAGCUAGUGAAGUAUUAAAUUAUUUAUAUUAUUUAGGGGUAUAAAAUAUAUAAAUAUGUACCUUUUGGUAAAACUGAGAUAAUGAUUCCUUACUUAAUGAGAAGAGCCUAAGAAACGAAGAAAGUACUGUAAUCAAGUUCUUUGUAAACACUUUUGUUAAUUGAUGAAUUAAAAUAUAGAUUAUAUUUUAAAUGA